AUGUGCUCAACCGAUAUCUUCCUCGGCGUCCUAGCCUUUCUCUUCCCCCCACUGCCCGUCUGGGUCAAGCGUGGAAUCUGCAGCGCAGACUCUAUUAUCAACAUCCUCUUGUCUAUCCUCGGGUUCCUCCCUGGCCUGAUCCACGCCAUCUACAUCAUUGCGAAGUACCCCGACGAGGACGUGGCCGAUUACGACUACGAGUCUCUCCCUCACCAAAACCGUGGCCGUGGAGGCCAGCGCCACAUCAUCUAUGUUGUCGAUGGUUCGCAGCGCCCCCAGCAGUCUGGUUACGGCACGCAGGGACAGCCCAAGGCUCAGCCCCAGCCCCAACACCAGGGUGUUGAGGCGGGAGGCAGCUCAUCCCAAGAUGACCAUGGCGUGCCACCGUCGUAUGCGGAUGUUGUUGCUGGCGACAACAAGGUGCAAACACACGACUAA